AUUUUUAGUAAAAAAAAAAAGAAGAAGGAGAAGAAGAAGAGGCGAAGAGCAUAAACAGCGAGCUAUGGCAAGCAUGUGCGGCGGCGGGUCCAGUCCGGUCCGGUGGUGAAUAUUGCAAAAUAAAUAAUUGUGUUGAGAACUGCUCAUGUGUUGAGUGUUCAUUCAUUCAUUCAUCAAUUCAUCUUCAACUCAACAUGAGAAUGUUACCUUUUUGCAUCUUCUCAGGUGCUAGACUUCUAGGAAAAUCAAAUGCAUCCUAGAGUUUUGCCAGAAGAGUAUGAUUUCGCCGUUCAAUGUGAUUCGUGUCUUAAAUGGAGGUUGAUUCCAACGAAGGAAAAAUAUGAAAAAAUACGUGAACAUAACCUUAAACAUCCUUUUGUUUGUAAACAAGCUCGUGAGUGGCGACCUUCUGUAUCUUGUGAUGAUCCAGAGGAUAUUUCUCAGGAUGGUAGUAGCAUUUGGGCUAUUGAUGAGCCAAGCAUCGCACAACCUCCUUGUGGAUGGCAGCGACUGCUAAAAAUCAGAGGUGAAGGAUGCAGCAAAUUUGCAGAUAUCUACUAUGUAGCACCAUCAGGCAAGAAAUUGCGCUCAAAGGUCGAGGUCAAGAAGUUCUUAGAAGAUCAUUCAGAGUACUUGAAAGAUGAUGUAAAUCUUUCGCGGUUCUCAUUUCAAAUACCUAAGCCACUGCAAGAAAACUAUGUGAGGAAGCGCUCUUAUGUUGAAUCUGAGCAAGGAGGGUUGAAUUGACGUUUCAAGUUGUAAAUGAUUGGAAUUUAAUUUUUGUUUCAUUUAUAAUUUGAUGGUGAACUUCAUGUCAUGGUGUUUGUAUUUUUGUUUUCUAAUUUGAUUGUGAACUAUCAUCACUUUGACUAUGUAGUAUGAAUUUCUUUGUAUUUGAUUGUGAACUAUGAUGAUCAUUUUGAGUAUAUUGUAUGGAUUUAUUUUAAUUUCAAGAUGAAUGUAUUUAAUUUUGAUUAUA